AAUCGUGAAUUUGUCGCUCCAAGAGUUAGGUUAGGUUUUGAAAAUGUAAACAUAAGAGAAAUCUGCGUGUUUUGCAUCUUACGAGUUACGAGUUGCGAUUGCCAGACGCCAACUUUGUUGUCUGUCUCCACUCCAUUUUUAAUUUAUUACGUAGUUGUUGUUUAAUAUUUUUUACAUACUAAAGUGACAGAUAUUUAUGUUCUCGUGACUAUUGUUUCUAUAAGGCAAAAGACAAAACUUAGCGAUCCGCUCAAAGCCGCAAACACGUUUAGAAAUAUCAGCCAGACAACAAAUUAAAUAUCAGCAUUAAAUUAGCUAACAGCUAAAUCAUUUACAGAUUGAAUGGCUGUUAGUAUAAUUAAGAGAAACUAACUUGGAUAUUAUUCAGCAUGGAACAAUUUAGAAAGUCUAAAAAUGAUUCUGAAGUAAAUUCUAAGUAUGAUAGUAAUAUGCACAGUAUAAUGCACAGUUCUAGAGUGCUGAAGCCACUUAUUAAAUAUGACAAUCAAGUGUUCAUUAGUGUUGUUAAACAAGAAUUUAUUGAUGAUACUGAUCAUAAUGAUGUUAAUCAAUUUUUACAAAUGGGAGCCAAAUGCGAAUUUGAAGGAGAAAUAAUCACAACCGAUACUGUAAUAAAAAUCGAAAAAGAUUUGAACGACGAUUAUGUGUUGGAAGGGUCAGUUAAAAACGAAUGCCAUUCGUCGGAACUGAUUGUUCAAAUUAAUUCAGAAGAGACAACGCAUUUAAGGCAAACAUUAUCAAAUUCUGAUACAUUAUUUAACUCAAAAAGACUCCUUUCAAGACCUUCAACGAUUCAUACCAGCCAAAUAAAAAAAAGGUUUAUUUGUGACAAUUGUGAAGAGAUACAUUAUAGUAAAUCUGAUUUGAUUACACACAUAUUGCGUUGUACAGGAAGAAAGGUACAUAAUAAAUCUGGUAUAUGUGAUAAAGAGUUUUCUCAAGCAAGAGAUUUAAAAAGGCAUAAAAUGAUAUAUACAGGAGAUAAGGCACAUAAACGUGAUAUCUGUGAUAAAAGGUUUUCUUCACUAGUUCAUAUAAAAGACCAUAUGAGAACACAUACAGGAGAUAAGCCUUUUGAAUGUAAUAUCUGCAAUAAAAGAUUUUCUCAAGCAAGAUAUUUAAAAAGGCAUAAAAUGAUCCAUACAAGAGAUAAGGCACAUAAAUGUGAUAUCUGUAAUAAAAGGUUUUUUCAAGCAGGAGAUUUAAAUACUCAUAAAAGGACACAUACAGGAGAUAAGCCUUUUAAAUGUGAUAUCUGUAAUAAAAGAUUUUCUCAAUCAGGAAAUUUAAAAACGCAUAAAAUUAUACAUACAGGAGAUAAGCCUUUUGAAUGUGAUAUCUGCAAUAAAAGAUUUUUUCAAGCAGGAGAUUUAAAAACGCAUAAAAUGAUACAUACAGGAGAAAAACCUUUUAAAUGUGAUAGCUGCAAUAAAGAAUUUACUGUAGCAGGAAAUUUAAAAAUCCAUAAAAGGACACAUACAAGAGAUAAGCCUUAUAAAUGUGAUAGCUGCAAUCAAGGGUUUUCUCAAGCAGCACAUUUAAGAAGACAUAAGAGGACACAUACAGGAGAUAAGCCUUUUGAAUGUGAUAUCUGCAAUAAAAGAUUUUCUGAAGCAGGAAAUUUAAAAAGGCAUAAAAUGAUCCAUACAGGAGAUAAGCCACAUAAAUGUGAUAUCUGAAAUAGAAGGUUUUUUCAGUAUCAAGUUUAAAAACCAUACAAGAAAACAUACCAUUAAAAGGCUUUAAAAAUGCACUUUUUCUGUCAGGUUCAGGUAAUACCAUAAACUACUCAUUUUUAUUUAUGUAUUUUUAUAAAAAAAAACUGUAAUUACGAUCAUCACUAUACUUUUAAAUCAUUAACCUAUGUAUAUUUAUGUUCAUCUGCCAAUUUACAAUUAUAUUGCAUUUUUCUCUCCACUAACUGCUAUUAUACUACU